AUGAGACAUGCAUGGCGGUUGCGCACGGUAACGAAAAGUUGGAGACGAUGGUUCUCACUCGUUCGCAAGGAGGAAGAAAGUUUCAUGAAAACACGCCCCCUGGAUAUCCGAAACAUCGGUAUCGUAGCUCAUAUCGAUGCUGGGAAAACUACCCUCACUGAACGGAUGCUCUAUUUGGCUGGAGUUAUCCGCCAUAUGGGCGACGUCGAUUCCGGGAGCACUGUCACAGAUUUUUUGGAUUUGGAGCGGGAACGAGGGAAUCACAAUACAGCUUGCUGCAAUAACAUUUCGGCUGGAAGAAGCAUAGGAUCAAUCUCAUUGACACGCCCGGUCACGUCGAUUUCACAG